AUGUCAAGUGACGCAAUAAUCGUAUUACCUGGGGAGGUAAUUGUGUACAUUUUGGAAGAUAAACGACUUAGCUUUUCAGAUGUCGUUCAUUUCAGUUCGACCUGCAGGAGUUUGUACAAAAUUGUCAAUGAAAAUAAUAAACUUUGGAAGACAAAAUUUUUUCAAAGAUGGCCACAUUUGAGAGAAAUAUAUCAAACAAAUAAUGAGUUGGAUCAUCGAACGAUAAAUUGGAAGGAGGAAGCAAAGAGUAGCUCGAGUAGUAGAAUGAAAUUGCUUUAUCAUUUAUCUUCUAUGUCUAGUAAACAUUAUAGAAUGCAAGAAUUAUCUAAUUCGGAAUUUAAAGAGUUUGAUUCUUUAUUUUGUCCAAAAGAAGGUGCUCAUCCUUUAGCUUAUUAUUUUCUGGUAGAUGAACUUGUUAGCUUAAUCAAACAUCCUGCUAUAGUCAGCAAUUUAACACAUAGGUAUUAUGCUCUUAAAAUUGUUCGAUAUUUGAAACAAACCCAUUUGAAGGAUGAAUGGAAAAAAUUUCUAUCUUUACCACCACAACAACAGACCUUAGAACGUGGUGCAACUAUUGUGGCACAGUGGAGUCAACCAGAAAGACAUGUGUCAUAUUUUGCAAUAUCAUCAGCAUUAGAUAAUAUUGCAGAACAAACUAAAGAGCUGCUCAAAGAACGAUAUCCAAAUCAUACUAUAUUUUCAAUUCCAACUGAAAGAUUUAAUUUUUGGAAAAAUAAUAUUAUUGGUGACAAUCAGUGGAAUAUUACAGAAACAAGACAACUAACAGAUGCAUUAUGCGAAGUAUUAUUUAAAAGGUUAGGAUUCUAUGGAAACAGUGAAAUGUAUUAUUCAUCGGAAAAUUCAUUCAUAGAUCGUGUUUUGGAACGUAGACGGGGAAUUCCUAUAACUUUAGCAAUAGUAUUUGAAAGUGUUGCUCGAAGACUUGGCAUACACUGUGAACCUGUUAGUUUCCCAUCUCAUUUUUUGCUACGUUGGAAAGAAACAUAUGGACCACAAUUUAAGGAUACGGAAAAUUUUUAUAUUGAUGUUUUCAAUGGUGGUCAAUUUCUAACUAAGAGGAAUUGUCCUCGAAUUGGUGGUGUUUCAAGAUGUCCAAUAGAAAAACAUAAUAUUCAUGAGGCAGCAACUGCUAUAGAGGUAGUAACAAGAAUGGCAAAUAAUUUGGAAAUAGCUGCUAGGCAACAUACUCAUAUAAAUGGUAGAACUGCAAGGUUACGUUCUGCUCUUGAACUCCAAUACAUGAUACAACCCAAUGACGCAAAUACGAUUUUACAACUAGGUCGAAUAUAUAUGUCACAAUCCAUGGACUUAAGUGAAUUAGUGAAGAGACUAGAAAACAUACCAGAGGAUUUAGAGUUAAUAUCAAGAGGACAGGCAAAUCUAAUAUUACAGACGUUUAAUAUCCAUAUUUUCCAAUCAUAUCAGAAGAAGUUAGAAUCUACAGAAGAAGUAAGGCCGAAAAGAAGAGUUCCAAGCAUAAAAUAUGCAAUAGGGUUGAUAAUGAAACAUAAAAUACAUGGAUACAUGUGUGUAAUAACAGGAUGGGACACCUAUUGUACAGCGACUACAGAAUGGAUGAAUGAAAUGAACGUAGGUGGAUUAGUGGAUGGUCCAGGUCAACCAUUUUAUAACAUAUUUGUUGAUGAUGGGUCAUGCCAUUAUGUGGCACAAGAAAAUUUAGAGUUAGCUUCUAAUCCAGGAUGGAUACAUCAUCACGCGAUUGGCAGAUACUUUUAUAAAUUCAGUGGUGCUCAUUAUAUACCAAAUGAGGAGAAAGCAAGAGAAUACCCAGAAGAUGAAAAAAUUUGCAAUGAAUUGCUUGUUACAAACAUGCAAAAUGGAAUGACCUACAGUACCACUUAACAAUCUAUUUUCCUUAGCUCUAAUACAAGAUAAUAGUAAGAUAAAACAAAUAUCUUUUUCUUAUUGCAUAUUCCACGCAUAAUAUUAAAAAAGGCAAUAUUUUCAUAAAAAAAUUUUAAUAAAAAACAAUCAUUUUUUAUUUGCUGGUCCAUUAUUGAGUUUCUUUGCUUUAAAUAACUUUAGACGUGUCUAAAUAAUUUUAGAUAAGUCUCGUAAAUAAACGAAAAUAAAGAACAAUACAUAUAAAAGGUUUUGUACAAGAUAUUUGUACGCGCUAUCAUAUAUCUUAAUCACUGUUUUAUGUAUACUAUUAACAGCUUAGAUAACUUUUAUUAUAAACGUAAUAAUGUAUUAGCAUCCUGAAAACAUUGAGCUACUUCUAACUCUCGACCCCAUUCAUGUGAUAUAGAUGUGUACGAAUGUAUUUGUUAUAUGUGAUAAGAGUAAGAAGUGGUCUGUGUUUUAAUAACACUUUAUUAUGUAAAUGUAAUAAACGCCAAAGCUUGAACUGCAAA